AUGGCAGCUCCAGCCUCAGAAAAGGUUGACCGACAAACAACGACGCCGUUUCUCUUGCGCCUCUUCUUCAAACAAGGCGGAUUUCACAGAUUAGAUGAAUUUGACCCUACCCUACCCCGCCUUCCAACCAAUGUCCAAAUCUACACAUGGCAGAGCUGUAGCCUGAGCGAGCUGUGCAAGCUGCUCUUCAGCGCCGUACCAACUCUGUUACCACAACCUUACGCCGGAUCGCGCAUUGCAUUCCGACUCGUAUACCCCGACAUACAAGGCUCCAAUAGACCUGGCGCCCCAGGACGCUUCAUAUCGCGAGACAUAGGCUCAGUCAUUGUAGGCGCACGGUCAAGGAACAACGACGAUGACGACGACAUGGAUAUGGAAGUCGCAGAUGCCGCUACUGUAGCAGAGGCGCUUAAGCAGCUCGACGGCGACCCAGAAAAGACGCUUGCAGACGUCAAAUUCCUCGUUGGCGACUACAUUGCAUGUGCAAUACUCCCACCACUACCUGAUGGCAGCGUGUCAGCUGCGCCUCCACCGCUAAGUGGGCCUGGCAGAGGUCCGCCUCCUGGAGGAUAUGGGGGUCGAGGACGUGAGAAUGGAUUCGGUGGACGAGGAGACUAUGGUGGCUAUGGAAGGGGUGGGGGUAGUAGAUUCGACGAUCGGAGAAUGAGCAACGGACGUGUGCCGAACGGCGAAUGGAGAAGAGGUGAGGCGCCGCCCGAGAGGGAACGAGAACGAGAGCUAGGCUUUGGCAGGGGAGGGGCAGGUCGAGGGCGCGGGGGUGGAGACGACUGGCGCGAACGCGGUCGUGGAAAAGGACGGUGGUAG